UCUUUUCGAAGAGCCUUUAUGCAGCGUAGGAGACCCUGGGAGAAAUUUGCUGUUAGUUAUUGAUGGCCUGGAUGAAAGUGAAUACAAAGGCCGCAAUGAGCUGCUUGAUGUCAUUGCUAAUCACUUUUGCACACUUCCUGCUUGGGUUCGGUUUUUUGUCACCGCUCGACCGGAAGUAAAUAUUGCAAGCCGUCUUACAAAGUUUAAUCCUGUUCAGCUGAAGCAAGAAGAUAAAGAAAACGUUAAAGACAUCAGACUCUUUCUUGAGAGACAGCUAAGCAACGUCAUUCAAUCGGGCUUCGAAGAAGUCGUUAUCAGUAAACUGACCCAAAAAGCUGCAGGACAUAUUUUAUAUGGCUAUUUGAUGGCCGAUUUUAUCAACAACAACUUUUCAAGUUUCACCCCUGAGGAUUUGGGAAGAACGUUAGCUUCGGGUGCAUCAUCUGUUUAUGAGAAAUAUUUUGAACGUUUGGAGAAAGAUUUGAAAAGUAUUGAGGAAUUGACGAUAAGUGCUGACCAGUUUUUGACUUUUCUUAGUGCUUUUGCAGCUGCAAAAGAACCUCUUCCACUAGACUUUGUUUCUAAGAUGUUGCGUUCGGACGCAAAGUCUCUAGCUUGUCACCGGAAAGUAAGAAAGGCUAUCGAUUGUAUCUCAACUCUUCUUCCUGUUCAAGAUGGCUGCAUUCACUUCUUUCACAAAUCAGUUAAGGACUGGUUGACUGACAGAACUGCUAACGGGGAACACCGCUUCUCUGUGAAUGAAAAACAAGGUCACCUUGCCCUGUCUGAGCUUUGUACUGGUGAAUUAAAUGAUGUGAAAAGAAACGGUUUUCACGACGCAGAGAUCAGUGGCAUUGCGAGGUACGCCCUACAGCAUGGUGUUUAUCAUAUGCUCGAGUCAGAAGAGGUAGAGGAGAGUACCAGAAGCUUUGAAGAAAUCGUUAAUAACUAUGUUACCGACUUAGACAUUGUGUAUGCAAAGCUUUGUGUACACAACUUGGUUAAUUUUGAAGACAUUAUCCUUGUUCAGAAACGAGAAGCUUUUAAGUCAUUGACCGUUGAAUGUCAAAGAGCCCUUAGAACGUUGUUGUCUCUCUUAAGAAAGUACAAUAGAACACUUACGGCGCAUCAUCAUACAAUUUUUCAAGUGAUGGUGAACGAGGGUGGAGACAUUUUUGCUGGUGAAGCAAAAAAGCUUUUACAGACCAAAUAUCAUGAAAUACCGUACAUGACGUACGUUCACAGUGUGGCUGAGGAGAAGCAGAAUGAGUUCGAGGCUACUUUUUCCUGCACCUCUCCGGUGGUUUGUUUUGAUAUUUCGCCGCAGCAGGAGUUCAUGGUAUGUGAAUGUGUGGAUGGGACGAUUUACUUGUGGUCACUCAUAACAGAAAACCUUCAGUGGAAACGUCCGGUCAAGGUCAACAAAUGUUACGAUGAUGAUCGCGAAGUGCAUAGAACGGUGCCGAACUCACCUGUGUUGUCAUUUUAUCGCUCUGUCGCUUUUCAUCCUUCUCAGACCAUUGUUCUUCCUGGAAUCCUUAGCCAUGCUUAUUCGUUUGAAGGAGAUCUCGUACCUCUGUUUUCUAGGAGCAAGUGCAGGUUUUCAGUUUGUUCAAUUAACGGGGAUGAGAACAAAAUGAUCACCGAUUGCCCUGACGAUGCUAAAAGCCUUGUCAUGUGGAAUCUAGAAAAUGGCGAAGAGAUCACUCAAAUUAUCAGAAAUGAAGUUGUUUUGUCUUUUGCCUGGUCUCCAGGUGGAAAUCUGCUUGCAAUUUCCCAUCUUUCGGGACUUAUUUGUUUGGUUCAUGCAAAGAAUUGCUUUAAGGUGCUUGCAGAAGUAACCAAUUCUUAUGUGUGUGGAAUAAUUAAGUUUGCCCCCAGCCUUCAAUUCCUUUGUUGUUUGUGUAGGGUUCCCAAAAAAGAUGCGACUGGUAGAGCUUACACAGACAAGAAAGUUUUCCGCUUAACGGUCAGUAAAUCACCUUCUGGCAUCUUUUCGCUGGAUCUUUCUGGCGGCAACUUUGACUACGUACCGGGGGUUGAUGAAUCGUUUAGUAAAAGUGGCUACUUGAUGGGAGACCCUAUCGCAUAUGAUCGC